UAUAUGCUAAGAUAAUCACAUUUAGGCAUAUACAUAUAUAAAUUAAUUGAUAUAAGAAUAUUCUAUAUUCUUUCAAAUGAAAUUAUACAUAUUAUAUAUAAAAAUUUUUAAAAGAUGAUAAUUAUGCAAAAUGUUGAUACUUUUAUAGGUGAAAAUAUAAGUAUUGGUUUAUUUUGUUUAAUUAAAAUCAAUUCUAAAGGAGUAUUAAAUUUAAUACAUGAUGUAUCAUUGUAGUAUCUGAUACUACGAAUUGAUCUUAUUGAUGACAUUGCAAUGAUCAUUGAGAUAUUUAAAGAGAAGUAACUGAACAGAACUUUAACAUUUGAUUUAUUAUCAAUUCUAAAUACUACAUAAAAAUGUCAUAUGAGAGAUUAGGAAUUGAAUUCUAUCUGAAACUUUUGAGUUUUUAUAAAUAAUGUAGGCUGGGUAUUAAUUUAUAUUCUAGUCCUUCAGCAGAGUAUUUGUGAUGGAAAUUAUAAUCUGUAAAGAACCGAAUUAUGGUGGUCUCUUGAUAAUGAUUAAAAUAUUCAAUCUCAUUUAAAAGAAUCCUUAAUGAUGAUAGAUGCCAGUGGUUUUCAACCCAUGUUCUGCGGACACACUGGAAGUGUUCCAUGAAAAAAAAUUAUUUUAAAGUUUUUAUUGCAAAUUUAUUCCAAUGUAUAUAAUAUAUUUCAUUAUUUAUGGAUAAUUACUAUUUUAUUCAAUACAAUAAAGUAUAUUUAUUAGUUUAUUGAUUCAUUGUUUCAUAAGAAUAGUAAACAUGAAAUUGCUUAUUGAUGUUAGAAUAUAUUUAUGCUAUAGUAAAAUGUAUAUGAAUAGUGUACAUAACCCAACAACUACAAACCUGAAAAAUAAUCGCAUUAUAAUAGCCCAAUAUAAUCCUGUAGUUGUUGGCUUAUUUCAUAUGAAUGAUGUUCUAUAGCCUCAGAAAGGUUGAGAAUCACUGCAUUAGACAUUCACAUAAUAUUUCAUAUUUUUGCAAGUUAAGUAAUUGAAAAGUUUAAAAUACAAGCCAUGAUAUAAAAUUCCACUAAAUGCAGAUAUUUGAAAUUCAUCACUGCCUUAAAUAUAAAUACAGUAUUAAUAGUAAUUCUGUUUACUAAUUGUCAUGCUUAUAAUUAAAGUUUGAAGUUGAAACAAGAAUUAUAGCUGAUCUAAAAAUUAAUGUAUUUUAAGCCAAUAGUCUUGGCUUUGUAAAUAAAUAAAUUAUUCUUAAUACAGUAAGAAUAGAGAAUUUUGCCAAAGAAAUUUAGAUAUAUUUUUGUUGCAUUAUUUCAAUUUUUGCAUAAAAUUUAUGAAGUAAGAGAGAAAUAAAUUUUCAAUUUGUCUAUAAGUUAUCUAUCACAAAUUGUGAUAUCAAAGAAAUAACUUAAAAGUGUCACAAAUUACAGACCAAAUAUUUAUUAAUACACAUAAUUCCAGAGUUACUUUUUCUUAGUUAAUGUUCUAGAAAGUUUUAAUUACAUGCUUUAUCUAUAAUCAAUAUAAAUAAUAAAUUAUGAUUUUAAAAGAUAAAAUAUAUACUGUAUAUUCAUUCCAACAAUUGUUAAUUUAUAAUUUUAUUUUAUUAUGUAUGGUAUUAUUAGAUGGACAUUUGUUUAAUUUGAUAAUUUGACAUCAAUGUAAACCAUAUGUUCAAAUAUUGUUUUAUAAUAAUCAUAAGAUAUGUGCCAACACACAUUAUUAUUUUAUUUAACACAUUAUUGUUAUUAUUUAACAUAAGUGCAGCUUUCAUUCCUAUUUUUUACAUUAUUCAUGCUGCUAUUUAAGGUAUAUUUAUAGCAUAAAAUUUAUAAUGAAAAAUGUGUCAAGUAUUUUUAAAAUUAAAAUAUAAUUCUGACCAAUUUUUCUUAUUAAAUUUUAAUAGUUCUGCUAUUUAUAUCUUUGUUUUUGACAGCUUAUAAUGUCUAAUUUUCAUAAUUAAGAAUAUUUUAUGAUAAACGGUUGGUUUUUUUUAAUAAGCAUAUUAUACUUUGAAAGAUUCUUAAAACUCAAUUCUUUAUCACAGUAUUAUUUUAAUAUCAAUUGUAUAGUGAGGUUAAUUAUCUAAUUGUCAGAGUGUUGCUUCUAACAUAACUGUCAGUUUAUAUAUAUAAAAAUAACAGUCUACUUCCAGGAAGAACUGAAGGUUAAUAAAUGUUAUAUAAUUAUUAGUUUAUAAUUUAAUGUAUAGAUAGUAUAGAUAUCAGUUGAAAAUAUAUAACAGGUAUUUGUUAAAUAUUAUGAGUAUUUUACUGUAUAAAACUUAAUGUUUUAACUUGUUGAUAUAUUAUUAUAUAUGUUAAAUUAGCAUCUUUAAAAUAGGCCUUACAGUUAUUAAUGUCAUAGGUGCUGAUUUUCCCCCCCAAAGAAGUUGGAGGGUUGCUCUCUGGAAAGAUCAAAAUUUGAGAAAAUACUGAAGAGAUUCUAGAGGAAUUUGUGUUCAGUGAGAACCAAAUGCUAAAAAUAAUGCAAAAAUGAUCAAUGAUGAUGCUAUAUUAAUCAUUUAAUGUAUUAUAUUUGAAUGUCUUUAGAAAAAAAAUAAAUGUAUUUUUUUUUUUUUGCAUUAAUUUUUGCAUUCUGUAGUAAUGAACCUAAGAUUGAAGAGUUUGGUUGAUGAUAAAAUCAGGUGAACUAGUCUUAUUAAAAUUUGUACCAUAGAGUCUGAUAAGAUGCUGAACCACAAUAGAAAAUAACUAUCAGAUUAUUGUUAUUUUUAAUAUUAUUGUUUCUAGAGUUAAUUUAGUCUGUUCCUAACAAUUUUAUGAAUAAAACUCUAGAAACAAUAAUAGUCUGUCCCUAAUAAAUUUUAUUUGCAAUUUAAAAUAAUUAUCUUGUUAAUUUACAAAUAAAAUUUUAGGGACCAUUAGAGCACCCGAGUAACACCAAAGUCUGCACCUAUUACUAAUGUUAAUAAGUGUUUCGAAUUUAAUGUGAAAAAUCAUUGUUUAUAAUAAACAACACACACAACCAUUAUUCCUAAAUUAGAAUUUAGAUUUAUAAAAAUUGUAUUUGUUGUAUUAUAUACAUAUAUAUUGUAUAUUAUGCUCUUGUUGAAGAGUUUGUAAAAAAAUUAUUAGAAAAUGUAUUUCUUAUAUAUAAAAAAAUGUUAUGAUUAAAUGCACUGAAUUAUUGUAUUGUGUAGUACGAAAAUAGAAAAUAAAUUGUUAAUAUAAUAAUUGUUGAGAAAUUUUAAUUCAUGUAAAAUCAGUUUUGUUAACAGUUUAUUGUUCAUCAGCUGAUAUAAGGUGCUUCUAACCGCCGCAAACUACAGCUUUUGCUAGCAAACGUGCGCUAGCACACCCGAUGACGUCAAAGACCGCACCCCUUUCUUCGUACUGGUGUGUUUAUCCCUUUGCUAGCACAGUGAUAUGAGCGUACGCUCGCUGUUGACAGAAUUCAACAGACAAAGCAGUCACGCUAGCAAUUCAGAGGAUAGAAAAUGGAUGCCUGCACGAACAUGUCGUCAAGCGCCGAAAAAGAAAUAAUAGAAUUUUACCGAUCCAAUCCACAUCUGUGGAAUCCAAGUCAUGCGGACUACUACAAAAAGAAUAAAAGAGAUUCCACACUGACAGAAUUAAGAGAACUUUUAGCUUCUAAACACGGAACCAACAUCAGUUCAAACAAGAUCCUUAGCAAAAAAUUCAAAAAUAUGAAGGAUGCAUACAAGAGGGAACUGUCAAAGCUACAAAAGUCAAAGUCCUCUGGAGUGGGCACCAACAAUGUGCACAAAAUCAGAUUUAUGUACUUCAACCAGAUGGAUUACCUGAGGGACUACAUGCAGGCAGACGAAAAUGAGGAUACCAUCAGCCUCAUCACCUCCCUUGAAAAUGACAAGUGUAGUCAACCCAUAGUUACAGAAGCAAAUGAGUUCCAAGAGCUAUCUUUCACCGUAGAUCAAAGCAUGCAGCCAAAUACCUCAGCAAGUAGCCAUGCUUCAAUGAACUCAGGAAGCCGUUCAGUAACGCCAACAUCAAACAGUCAGUGGUUUAAUCCCCAUCCGACGGAUGAUGGAGUUACAGUCGGCGGACAAGAUAAAAAAAGAAAGCGACAGAAGACAUCACAUGUGUCAUCUUCCUCUCUUCGUUCCGAGCUCUAUAAAAGGGCUAUAGACUACCUGGUAACCAAGCCCAACAACCCCCCAGCAUGUGUAGAACAAAAUUUCGGUAACCACGUCGCCCUCAGCUUAAUGAACAUUAGUAAAGAUCUGCGGGAAGAAGCAAAAUACGAAAUACAGGGUAUUUUGUUGAAAUAUUACAAACAAUCAAGGACUAAUUCUUAA